ACAACGCUGUUAGGCGCUGUUUUUAAAUUGUUGAAUCAAUGAAGAAGUGAGAUUUUGUUCAUAAUUUUAAUAAAAUGGAAGAUAACAUGAAAUUUACUGAUUUAAAAGAGAACAAUACGACAUUACGCAAGCAAGCCAAAAAAAUAAUAAGUAAAAAGCACUUGAAUGACAAAAAAAUCACGCAUUUGUUUAUGCACGAGAAGAAUCUUACGGAAAUUCCACCUCCAAAGCAUUGCACUCAAGUAAUUUAUGCAUAUUACCACAACAAUUACAUAUCCAAAAUACAACAUUUGGACCUCAUGUACAAUUUGACUCAUUUACAUUUGCAAUGGAACAAACUAACGAAAAUAGAAGGUCUCGAAAAACUAGUUAAACUGAAAAAGCUCUACUUGAGUAACAAUAGAAUAAGUGUGGUAGAAAAUUUAGAGGGUUUGAAAUAUUUGGAAGAACUUCACAUUGAUAAGCAAAAUAUUGACGAUCCAUUAUGCUUCGAUCCAAGAACAAUGAUUUCUAUCGGUGCAUCCCUUAGAAUACUCAAUGUAUCUGAAAACAAAAUAACAGAGGUCCUUUGGGUGAAGCCCUUACGACGUCUCGAAGUACUUAUUGCAAAGAAGAAUCAAUUGGAUGAUGUUCAGGCCGUAGCAGACGCUUUAUGUCCUCUCGUCAGUUUGGUCGAUGUUAAUUUCACUGGAAAUCCGAUGACGAAGAAACACAGAUAUAAAGAAACUAUCAUAGCUAGAUGUGGUCCUCUACGGGUAUUGGACACAGUGCACAUUCACAAUACAUCCAGGGUGUUUCUCCAAAGUUUUGACAAAGUGGUACGAUUACGUCAAUUGCAUGAAAAAAACAAAUUGAGUACCAAUCGAGAGGGGGCUGAUGAAUUUUUCGAUCUGAAUAUGUUGCCAGGGCCAAGAGCACAGAGCGCUAUGACGAUCAGUGAGUUUUCGAACCAAAAGCCUAAAAUGACUGCCGUAGAUUCUAGUUACACUUUUAUGCCGCGAGCACUCUGGCCGAGUAGACAAAAUACUUCACCUAUUACCACAAUUUUAGGGAAACAUCUUAUAGAUAAAUUAGUAACAGUGGCGGUAACACCGAAUGGAUAUGCUGAUGGAAUCACCAGAGAUAAAAAUGGUGAUGAAUAUUUUGUAAUGCCUUUGGAAAUUGAAACAACAAUGUCCGAGUUCUUAAAAAUGCUUGAGGCUAAAAGUGAAAAUUAUGUCCCCUACAUACAAAAGCAAAACUCAAAUUUAACUGAAGACUUCAAAGAACUGUUACCAGAUGUUGAGUUGGAUGUAAAGUUUGCAAGUGAGGCAUUUGAUAAAAAACCAGAUGCUGUCAACUUUUGGAUGGGUGAUGAAAGAGCAGUUACAUCUAUGCACAAAGACCCAUAUGAGAACAUAUACUGUGUUAUCGAUGGUUACAAGGAGUUCAUACUCAUCCCUCCCACGGACCUCCCAUAUGUGCCUUAUAAGAAAUACCCGCAGGCUGUAUUCAAACAAAAUAAUGGCUGGGAAAUAGAGCUUAUAGCUGAUUAUGGUGAAAAGAGUAAUAUAUUGCCUUGGAUUUGUAUAGAUCCUCUCAACCCCGACUUAUCAAAAUACCCACAGUUUAAAAAAGCCCACAGAUACAAAAUUCGCUUGAACAAAGGUGAUUGUCUAUACCUCCCUAGUUUAUGGUUCCAUCACGUGACGCAGAGUCACGGUUGUAUAGCUGUCAACUAUUGGUACGAUAUGGAAUUUGAUAUAAAAUACUGCUAUUUUAAAAUGUUAGAGAAACUAUGUGAAAAUUUAAGUAACAGUUAAUAAUAAUAUAGCAAAAACUCGCGAACAAUUAAGUCAUUUAAAGUAUUGUUUUUAAUUUGUUAAAAUAAAAUAAUGUACAUAAA